AUGUCAUCGUCGAGGUCAUUUCCCAAGCGUCGUCAACUACCGAAACUUAUGGCAUGUAUGACGAAGAACAGUUUAGAGAACCUUAGAAAUCGAGCCUUGUUUGGUCUCGAUACAUUAGACGCAAAAGGAAUCAGAAGACGGAAAUUUCCAUUGCACGAAUGCCUCAUAUUGGAAUUAAGAGAAUCCGGCUAUUCGGAAUCGUCGGAUUAUCUCCAGGAUCUUAUUUAUGACAACAUGCAGCUUUUAGCCGAAGACGAAAUAGGUAUCGUCGUGGAUUUAAGAGCGAGGGAGGAUUAUUUGGAAGAUAUUAGUGCGGGUUUGGUGCGCGCUGAGAAAGAACGUGACAAGGAGAACACAAAGAACGAAUGUUUAGAGCUCCUUACUUUAGCAUUAUCGUAUUCGGAGAAAGGAAAAGGUAUACUGUGGCUAGCUGAGAAGUUCUUUCUGGCAUCCAUUGCUGUUUCAAGUCAAUAUUUGAUAGACGGAGGUCGACAGAAAGGCUGUUGUAAAUAUCACUACGCCAAGUUCUUGCUUGAUAAAUUUCCAAAUGCGGAUCCCGAGGAGCCUUUCCUUAUUCUUACUGAAGUCAGGGACAGCGCCAUCGGUAAGGAUUGGUCGCUGUAUGAAGACGAGAAAGGAGAUGCAGAUGUUUCAUCAUCACCCGAAACAGUGUUCUGUGCGACCGCAGUGCAGUUGCAUCGGGUUCUGCUUAGCAAAGCGCGUUCGGCUAGAAGCAAAGAUCCUGCAAAAGCAGAGAGACUUUCCAGAUUAGCUGAGCGAAGAGCUAAAGAUGCUGAUGAUAUACCUAAAACGGCCGAAGCGAUCCUAGAAAUUGGUAUCAGUCAAUUACAUAUGAAUAAUUUGAACAACGCACACAAGACCUUUCUUCGAGCAUUCAAAAUAUACGAAGCGGACAAUAAUAUAGUGGGCUUGUGCGAUUCAAGAAUGCAUUUGGCUGCAGUGAUGCAAAGAGUAGGAGACCACGAAACUGCAGCAAAACUGCUGACUGAGAUGGGCUCGUUGGCAAUGGAGCAUGGGCAUCGGCGGCAUCUGGGCAGGGCGUUGCACCUUCUGGGGGAACUGCAUCUGCGCAGAGAGAAGCCGGAACUGGGAACUCAGCAUCUUACCGAGGCCUUCCAGUGUUUUAUGGGCUUUAACUGGCAAUAUAUGGUGCCUAAAAGUCAUGAUUAUCCUCAAGACAAACCUCUUUCCAGUGGUUUGGAUUUAAUUUUCAAGAGUAAUGUGAUAGAAGUUUAUGAAGAGGAGGCAGAACAGUCUCGACUAAUGCACGCCAUAUCGGCUGGUCAAGAAAUAAUGGCUUCAUAUUUCAAAUUGUUGAGGGAGUCUGAUACAUGCUCUGUGGCAAAAGUUAAAACUAUUGAAUGGAAGUUGACCCGCGCUAAAUGGUGGCUGUACAAUUUUCACCAUGAUUUAGUACCGUGCUUAUGUCCAUUGCAUAAUCGAACACCAUUGGAUGUGUUAAGGAAGCAACUGGAUGCGCAAACCAUUGCAGAGGAACAAUCCGAAGAGGAAGACACGUUACUUGGCCGAACUGACACUGUCCAAGACAUGACAAAAUUACGAAGUAGUGUAAUGAACAAAGAAAAUGAAUAAUCUUUAUUGUUAUCACAUAAUAUUGAUCUGGUUAUAAUGAUACUUUUGAAUAC